CAGGACCAGAAAACACAGAGCGAGUGUCCAAUGAGAUACCUCAAGGAGUAGACGGCAGCCAAUGUCCGAUAGCCGGAGCCCUCCACGCAAACAGGGUAAACACAGACAGGGACCCUCGCAGCCAAAAGACCGCGCACUGAUGGUUCUUCUCGUCCCAUUGUUUGAGACGAACCGACACACCACUGGCCUCCUGUAGCUCUGUAGGGUAAUUCAAGAUGGUGAAAGAUCCAAAUAAGCCGCGGGGCAAGAUGUCCUCAUAUGCCUACUUUGUGCAGACAUGCAGAGAGGAGCAUAAGAAGAAGCAUCCGGAUGCCUCUGUCAACUUUUCAGAGUUCUCCAAGAAAUGCUCAGAGAGAUGGAAGACCAUGUCACCGAAAGAGAAGGGCAAGUUUGAAGACAUGGCCAAACAAGAUAAGGUUCGUUAUGAGAGGGAAAUGAAGAAUUACAUUCCCCCCAAGGGCCAGAAGAAGAAGCGAUUCAAGGACCCCAACGCCCCCAAGAGACCACCGUCUGCAUUCUUCCUUUUCUGUGCCGACUUUCGCCCCAAAGUAAAAGGUGAGAACCCUGGGCUCUCCAUUGGAGACACAGCAAAGAAGUUGGGACAGAUGUGGAAUGACUCAUCCUCAGAGGAAAGGCAGCCUUAUGAGAAGAAGGCAUCCAAGUUGAAGGAGAAGUACGACAAGGAUAUUGUUGCUUACCGCACAAAGGGCAAAGUGGAUUCUGCACCAGCUGCUGCAGCAGAAGAUGACGAUGAGGACGAAGAAGAGGAGGAGGGAGAGGAGGAGGAGGAAGAAGACGACGAAGAGGAUGAUGAGUAGAUUGCACAGGGUUGGGACCUGGAAUUUUGUUUAUGCCAUAUAACCCUAAUAUACUCAAUUCACCAUCUUGAAACAUAAAUCAAAUUGAACAAGAUCAUGUGUAUAUUUAAUGUUUUUAAGAUGUACAGUGUUAUUCUCCUUUUUUGUAAAGUUAACACUACAUAUCUUAAGUUUUGGAUUUUCUAGUGUUAGCUCUUUAUCCCUGCCGUAAUAUGUACCAAUUUAGAAGAACUACAAAGCAGUAUAAAAGUAAUUAGUAAUAGGUGUGACAACUCAAAAAUGAGAUUUCUGAGUUGGUAGUGUAUUUUUCUUUACUUUAAAAAUUAUUUUUUUAUGUGCUGUCUCGAUGUCUUUUUAUUGUUCUUUGAAUACCACGCUAAUAUCAAAUGCAGCUGUCGACAUUCAAGAAUGUCUUCAAUAAAGGUCGUUUUUUUUGUUUGUUUUU